UUAUGAUGACGGUGGUUAUGGUUAUGAUGGUGGUGGUUAUGAUGGUCGUUUUGGUUAUGAUGAUGGUGGUUAUGGUUAUGAUGAUGGUGGUUAUGGUUAUGAUGAUGGUGGUUAUGGUUAUGAUGAUGGUGGUUAUGAUGGUGGUUAUGGUUAUGAUGAUGGUGGUUAUGAUGGUGGUUUUGGUUAUGAUGAUGGUGGUUAUGAUGGUGGUUAUGGUUAUGAUGGUAGUGGUUAUGAUGGUGGUUAUGGUUAUGAUGACGGUGGUUAUGGUUAUGAUGAUGGUGGUUAUGAUGGUGGUUUUGGUUAUGAUGAUGGUGAUUAUGAUGGUGGUUAUGGUUAUGAUGGUAGUGGUUAUGAUGGUGGUUUUGGUUAUGAUGACGGUGGUUAUGGUUAUGAUGAUGGUGGUUAUGAUGGUGGUUUUGGUUAUGAUGAUGGUGGUUAUGGUUAUGAUGAUGGUGGUUAUGGUUAUGAUGAUGGUGGUUAUGGUUAUGAUGAUGGUGGUUAUGGUUAUAAUGAUGGUGGUUAUGAUGGUGGUUAUGGUUAUGAUGAUGGUGGUUAUGAUGGUGGUUAUGGUUAUGAUGAUGGUGGUUAUGGUUAUGAUGAUGGUGGUUAUGAUGAGAAAACAGCAGGUUAUUUGCUUUUUAUAGCAUUCACAAGAAUAAAAAUACAACGAAAAUAAUUCCAGCAAUUGUUUACAGGUUAGUAAAUAAAUUUUUAGUACUUAAUUAUUAAGCUAGUUAAAAAAUGUACUAAUUUUAAAACACAAAUAUUCCAAAAGAGCGAAGAUAAAAACAUGAACAGACUAUAAUUUUUUGGAAGAAAUUAAACUGAACUAAAAACAAGGUCAACUUGUGAUGUGAAAUCAACAAACACUUGUUUUGUCUAAAAGCCUACAAUAUAUAAAAAUUAAUUUCGAGUUUUCAGCAAUGUUUGUGAUAAUUAUGGGUGGUGAUAAUGAUGGUGAACAGGUGAUAAUGGUAACGCUGGUGGUAGUGAUGGUGAAUAUGAUGGUGAUGAAAGUGACGGUAAUGGUAUAUCAACCAACAGAAUAUAA